AUGAAGCAGAAGGAAGAGGAGAAAGACUGAGCAGAGUAACAAACACAGGAGUAAGAGGAACAUAAAGAAAAAAAAAAAACUUGAAGUUUUUUCUGGAUUAGGAAAACAUUUUUUUCAAAGUGAGUAGACCCUGCAGCUGUGAGUAUGUGGAUUGAGACCAAAACAGAGAUGGAGGAGACCAGCAGGAGUCGGGCCAGCUUUAGUCGGCGAGUGCUGGAUGGUGUGAUGUUGUGCACAGGAGACAUGGAGCACCUGGAUAAGCACAUACAGGACAUGUCGUUUGUGCUGCAGCUGCCUGUGUGGGGACUUAGAGGGGUGGCCAGGGUGAUUCUGGCCAACAAUCCAGUGAGCGGUGCUCUCAUCCUGGCUGCCCUGUACUGGGAUUCCCCCUGGCAGGGCCUGCUGGGAACUCUGGGGGUACUGGCCUCGACGCUCACAGCUGUCAUCAUUGGACAGGACAGUGCUGAUGUAGCAGGAGGUCUUCACGGAUUCAACGGCAUGCUGGUGUCUCUGCUGAUGGGAGUGUUCAGCUCAGCUGGAGACUGGUACUGGUGGCUACUGCUGCCUGUCAUUUUGGGGUCAGCUACGUGUGUCUUUCUGUCUAGUGGGCUCACCACAUUCCUGAACCACUGGGACUUGCCUGCUGCUGUGUUUCCUUUCAACAUCAUCAUCGUCCUUUACCUCCUAUGUACUGGAACGAACAACCCCUAUUUUCCUCACAACCCGGCAAUACCACCGGGGGUGCUAAAGCCAAAUGACACAGACCUCAUAGCGGUCGAGGUGAUCCGUGGCAUCCCUCUUGGUGUGGGUCAGAUCUAUGCUACUGGAGCCCUGGGACCCUCCCUCCUCAUCCUGGGGGCCAUUGUUCUCUACUCCCCAUUGCUGUGCGUCCACGCUGUGCUGGGGUCAGCAGUCGGAACAUUAGCCGGUUUAUCCAUGGCUGUACGUCAUGAUUCACUUUACUCUGGCCUGUCGGGGUUCAAUGGUGCUCUGGGCUGCAUGACUGUUGGAGGACUCUUCUUCACCUUCAGCUGGAGGACCAACCUCUUUGCCAUCGCUAGCGCCUUUCUCUCUGCAUACUCUGACAUCGCCCUGAGCAACAUGCUAGGAACUGUGGGUCUACCAGCAUGCAGUUGGGCAGCUACUCUAACAGCCACACUCAUGUUGCUGUUGACUGGCAGUUUAGCAGCAUACCGCAUCCCCAUUGGUCAAGCCAAGGCGCCUGAAUGCAACCUUCGCUCAAGGAGCCAGUGGAAAGCCGGAAACACAGAAGAGAGGGAGAGCACGGAUGUGUAGUGUGUGGUCAUAAUCGCGCUUUAUGUGAAAUGGACCAAAAGGAGAUGGUUUUAAUCUAUACAAUUAUGAUGUCAUUUUUUAUAAUGAACUUUUUAUAGACAUUCAAAGACAAUGGCAAACACACUUCAAAAGCUGCUACUGAAACUGUCCACAUGCUGGCAGUAUAGUUCUUCAAUCUUUUAAGUCUUUCUGAUGGUCUUUUCUUUUCAGCUGUUAUUUUCACUCAUUUUGGUCUAGUCUGUGCACCAAAACAUGACAGAAAAUUGUGUUGAGGACAAAAUUGUAUAUUUGACAAAAGGAGGCAAAAGAAGAAAUGAGAGGGCUAAUAAGCUAUUUACAGACCAACAGCAUUUAAAACUCAUGCCUUUGAGAAACAAAGAAAUCCAUAAAAGACUAAAUUAUGAUCAUUAGGUUUUUUUUAUAGUUUUUAUUUUUUUGUAGUUUUCAAAAUAACUCUUUAGGAAUAAAAAAUAUAUAUAUUUUCUG